ACCACGGUCAAGCAACUCCAGAGGGAGGAAGGCAUUGUAAUUACAUAGUACUAGUUUAGGUACAGAGUGAAGGAACACGCGGAUUCUUUGCAGUCCAUUUCCAGGACUUGUAUUUGUGGAAAGAAGGCAAUUUGUCGCUCCUGUACACCUGGAGCCUGAAGAGGAUUUAAUCAGUCCACCAAUCCACCUCCGCACUACAUUAGAAUGGAGCUUCAGAAAAUUAACGGGCACAGUCGAGAAGACGGCUUUGAUGGGCUGGACGGCAUGGCCGAGCAUGAAGAAUUCCUCCCACAUAAAGCUGGUGCCAAAAAAGAAACACACUUCACAGAUUUCGAAGGAAAGACUUCAUUCGGGAUGUCCAUUUUUAACCUCAGCAACGCCAUUAUGGGCAGCGGAAUUCUGGGAUUGGCCUUUGCCAUGUCCAACACUGGAAUCCUUCUAUUUAUAAUCCUGUUGGUGUUCAUUGCUAUUCUGUCUGCGUACUCAAUCCACCUACUACUGAGAAGUGCAGGAGUUGUUGGCAUCCGAGCGUACGAGCAGCUUGGCAACAGAGCAUUUGGUCCACCGGGGAAAAUUCUGGCGGGUAGCAUCAUCACAGUACACAACAUUGGAGCGAUGUCCAGCUAUCUCUUUAUCGUCAAAUCAGAGCUCCCUCUGGUUAUUCAGGCUUUUCUUGGCAAGCAUGAAAACACUGGAGAGUGGUUCUUGAAUGGCAACUACUUGAUCAUCAUUGUUAGCGCUGCCAUCAUCCUUCCUCUUGCACUCAUGAAACAACUCGGUUAUCUAGGAUAUACAAGCGGCUUCUCUCUUUCAUGUAUGGUGUUUUUCCUUAUUUCGGUGAUCUAUAAGAAAUUCAACAUCUUGUGUCCACUGGAGGACAGUCAUCUGAACGAAACACUCGAUGCUGACAACUACACAAUUACUGAAGAUAUGGAAGAAUUUUGUGAUGCCAAGCUAUUCACCAUUAACUCACAGACGGCGUACACCAUCCCAAUUCUGGCCUUUGCGUUUGUCUGCCACCCUGAAGUUCUGCCCAUUUACACAGAGCUACGCGAUGCCACCAAAAAGCGUAUGCAGAAUGUUGCCAACAUUUCCAUCUUGGCCAUGUUUGUCAUGUACCUGCUAACAGCGCUUUUUGGGUAUCUGACUUUUUUCGGUGCCGUGGAGUCUGAACUUCUGCACACCUACAUCCGUGUAGACCCCCUUGACGUACUGAUCCUUUGUGUGCGCUUGGCCGUGCUCGUGGCCGUCACGCUGACUGUGCCUGUGGUUCUUUUCCCGAUCCGCAGGGCCAUCCUCCAGAUCUUGUGUCCAGACAAGCCGUUCCACUGGGCCAGACAUAUCGCCAUUGCAUUCUUCCUCCUCAUUUUGGUCAACCUGCUUGUCAUCUUCGUGCCCUCCAUCCGAGACAUUUUCGGACUCAUCGGAGCUACCUCAGCCCCUAGCCUCAUCUUUAUCCUGCCCGGAAUCUUCUACAUACGAAUUGUUCCCAAAGAGCAAGAACCUUUGCAGUCCAGACCCAAAAUUCAGGCUGCAUGCUUUGCCGCAUUGGGGUUCAUCUUCAUGGUGGUCAGUUUGUCAUUUAUCUGCAUGGACUGGGCGAGCGGAGAGAAGCGAAGCGGCGGUGGACACUAGUUGAUCGCCGAAGUCUCGGCAAUAACAAGAAUGUGAACUCUAGCCCCUCCUCAUCUAUGUAUUAGCCUGUGUUAUUCUCUGGCUGCCAGUACAUGUUGGCCUUGAAAAAAGAAUGUGACCUGAAAGGCUCUUCAGUGGAGAAGAACUCAGACAUAUGACUGAAUUCACCCUUUGCUCUGACUUGAGAUACUACUUUAUAAUCCCGCAAAGGUGUGUUAAGAAAAAAAUGUUGUGGAUCCCACUGAGGUUAUGGAACUACAAGUUCGCAGAAAAGCUACACGUCACUGCCAAGGUUCUCACCAUUUACUUCUGUCGCGGCUUGGCGACACUGGGCUGUGCCUUGAGAUACGAGUGACCCAACAUGGGAGUGUUUCGCGAUGUACUGCCCAAAAUUUGCUUCAAUUUGAUGUAAGACGACGACAGUGAACUUUUUGGCAAAUGUUGAAAAAAUUUAUAGUAAAAAAUUUCUGCCACUAUCAGUUAACUGUCAUUUUGAACAAAAAAACAAAGAAAAAUUGCACCACUUGUAUUUCAAACAGUCAAAUAACUGUCUAAAGAAAUCCUCCUCGCCAUAAAACAAGAGCCCUACUGACUUAAUGCUAAAAUACAUUCGAACUGAUCAAAAAACUGGGGCCCGACCGAUUAAUAGUCAAUAGCCCUUGUCAAAUAGGAAAAAAAUUGUGUUGUUUUUUUUUUUUUUCACUUUUAUGAAUUAUUAUUUAUUUAUAAACAAAUUACAACAUCAGAAAAAAAUUAAACAUUUGUAAAAAAUGUAAAACAUAAUAUAAUUUUUUUAAAUUACUUUUUUUCACUUUGUUGUGAAGUUCACAGAUACUAAAGGGUUUUCUUAGCAUUAUGGAC